AGUUACGGCGUGUAGCUGUAUCUUAGGUUGUAUACCAAACUCUGGCGAAGGAUAGAAAUACGCUUUCUUUUAUUUACGUUUUUUGUGUUUUAAAUCACGAGUUUGUCAGUCUAGUUUAACUUCAUAAUGUAGAGGAGCUAGCUAACGCUCGUUUGCUAGCGGAAAGCCGGCACAGAGGGACGGUUACUUUGUUGACCCUCAUCCGCACGUCUUACCGCUCUUUGGUCAUGUUUCUGUACCCAACACAUUUUCUGUUUUGGGGCAUUUUAAAGGGUCACUUCUUCGGCCACUCUGUACGUGGAGGACCUACGGUGCGCUAUGACUUCUAGCUAAACUCGACUGACUGGUCGUCGUCAUGCCGAGAGAAGCGACGUCCGCUCCGCUGACGGUGACUGUGCUCGCAGUGCUGUGGGUCAGUGUGGGUCGGUGCCAUGUCUUCGGAUCUCUGGGGCAAGGAUGUGAUAAUGGAAAGCUCUCUUUGGAGAGGGACCUGCCUGCGGAUGCUGUUUAUUGGGACUGUGCUGCGUCUGCAUGGCCAGAGUUUACUCAGAGACUUCCGAGUAUUGACACAGCGUACAAUCCUGAGCCAGCUAGGCAGAUAUGCAUGGAUAAAUCUAUCUCCUACUAUCACCGCAUUCCUAACAGUGGAGCAUACAGACCAAUAGGAGCAGAGAGUGGAGAGUACUUGUACUGUCCUCCUCAGCGGUGGCUCAAUAACUUGCAGCGUGGAGCGGCGGUUUUGCUCUACCAUCCGUGUGCACCACCUCGCGAGCGUCAGAUCCUGUCCGACUUGGCUCGCUCCUGUCUGCAGUCCUACAUCACGACCCCACACCCACAGCUCAAUAAACACAUGCCUGUAGCUUUUGUGUCCUGGGGUCGCACCUUGGAGCUGUCCACCGCCGCGUCUUUAGACCUCUGUGAUUGGCUGGAGGUCAAUCACAGAGGUCAGACUUCAAGAAAAGAGUCUGAUGGUGUGACGCAGAUGAGGAAGUAUGCCCUGCUGCUGACCUGGUCAGCAGAGCUGCAUCAGCUAGAACAAACAAUAAAAAUGAAGGAUUCCCUGAGGCAGUGUUGUGAGCGGACCAUCUAUUCUCUGUUAAGCGGAGCUACAGAGGCUGAACUAGAGCACAGCGUGAAGACCGAACGCUCAAAACAAACAAAAGUGGGAAGCAAAACCAGGCAGAUGAGAGCUGCCCUGAAAGUUGUUGACAGCAAUGAGAGCAAUAACACUAUGGCAAAUGUCUCCAGAACUGUUCCUCAGCGGUCAGGAGAUGGUCAGAAUAACAGCAGCACGCUUGGAUCAUCAGCAGAUCAGAGGAAACCCUUUGAUCUUUCUAGCUCCAGAGAAGCUCCUCAGGUUCCAACUCAAGCCUCUAAACCCAGGCUCACGGCUCCCUUGGCCUUAAAUAUCUCUGAGACAGAAGCACAGAAAGGCCUCAGAAAACUGAACCACUCUCCUGUUUCUGCACAUGGUGUGAGCAGUAAACGCACCUUUACCGACAGGCCUGAAGCCCUGAUUCUCAAGGAAACAGACUCUAUUAAACAGAAUACCAAAGUGGACAAGUCUAAAGAGAAAAUCUUCGACUCAUCUGACGGCAACAUGGAGGAUAAUGAAGUGGUAGAUGUAAAGGAGAGAGAGCUGGAGCAUACGCAGAUCCAAUGCGCCCCAGGAUCUCACCAAAAAAGUGAAAGCACUGGCUCCGACUCUGUGCCUAAACCCCAGUCAGAGGCUCAGGCACAACAGCAUCCACAGACAGCCAGCCACAGCCAGCCUAUCAGCCGUGACUGCAACAGCUGCGCACCAGGUGAACACUGUGACUGUGUCAAGGCCUCGGGAUCAGAGGCCCAAGCUGCUGCUGCUGUUGUAUGUAGAGAGCUGCAAAGGACCCCGAGGACGGACGAAGCGGCGUGGGCAGCAGCGGCACUAGGCUUCCUGCUGGUUCUCCUGACUCUGUCAGUGCUUCACACUCGCCUGUACCGCCACUGGAGGAUCACGCCGAGCCUUUACUGGCACAACCCAAGCGACGACUAUGACAGCGUUGCAGAUGUGAUCCGCAGAAGGUUGCGAAUUGCAAAGAGAAGGCGGAAAAGGGGCAGAAGGCAAGAAUGUGUUCUCCUGCCGAGCUCCUCCAGCUCAGAUGAAUGUCCGUAGAACUGAAAGAAACACCCCCAACACUGUUUGGGAAGAGGGGACCUGAAGGAAAAGAAAAAGGGUGUGUUAUGUAUGUUGGACUCGUCUUACAUGUAGCUGUCUUACACCUACGGUGUGCAGUUUAUCUGAGAGAACCUAAAUGUUGUAAAUUACACACACUGUAGCAGCCCUACAACCACAAUGAACAGGCUCAUAGGAAUUUGACAGAGGACCCACCAUGUCAUAUUUUUAACAUGUCAAUAUUUUUUUAAUUGAAAGGACAAAAAUGUUUUAUCCAAAAGAACGGUUAACUUAUAACCAGCCAUUCCCCAAAUAGUUCCCGAAACUCUUAAGCUUUAAAAAUGUUUUCAUAAUUAGUUUUACAGAAAUGUUUUUUAACUGUAAAGGUUUGAUAUGCGAAAUGUAAGUUGCUGUUGUAAGCAACGCUAUGUUUGUGUUGUCAUACAAACAUGUGAAUAGCUGCAUUCUGGAGAUGUGAUUGUGUGAUUUGUAAAGAGUGAGUCUACAGGUACUUUGAUUAAAAUUAAAACUGUAAAGUUAGAACAUCCAGAUCAGUAAUGGAUGUGUGUGGGGGGAAAACAAAAUGAUCCGGUCUUUUUGAAGGAGGAGGAGAAGAGAACGUGAGUUGAACUGUGAGGAUCCAGAGCACAAUGGGAGGCAGAGUGAAAAGUUUUUGCUGAAUGAUCUCAAAUGUACUUUUGCAGUUCCCAUCAUAGACGCCUCAAAAAUUACGGGGUUUAGUCAGAUUGUGUACUUAAAAUGGUCCAUUAGCUUGCUGAUGUGGCAUUGCACAUUUACCAGUUCAAAAUAAUAAAAAGCAUAAAGGGUCCACUUUAAGUGCAAGAGGGUCAGGUUUUGUUUUUGUUGUUCCCCCAAACACUUGUUGAUGUAAACUUGCUACAGCUGUGGCUCAAUGUUGAUAUGUAAACAACUUUUGAAGGUAGAACUAUUACUCAAUACUUUUUAAAAUUACCUUAAAAAAAAAAAAAGUAUAAACAUGUGUAAAGGCAAUUACAUUAAAUAUUAAAUUUGGGCAAAAACAAAGCUGACAACAACAUGAAAUAAUGACAUGCUUUACUUUCCAGAAAAAGCAGAAAUUUAGCUUUAAAUUACUGCUUACUUUGCCCGCAUACACGUGCAGAUUAGCACCAUCUGCAGCGGUUUUUGCCUUACGACAUCAUUUCCAUCAGGAUCAUCUGCUGUCAACAGUGAAAGGCUCGAGUAUCAUCUCAACUGAAACGCUCCUUGCACAUGUACUAACAAUUCCUAUAUAGGGGGAAAACCAUUUAGUAAGAAAAAGAAAUGCAGGCAAACCCUGGACAAUUAAAUUGUUUUAUUAUUUUAUUACAAAUGUACAGCUUAUGAGUUUCCAUUACGAUUGACCUUUUUAAGUCGUUGUUUUCCCUACUUUACAGUUCUUAAUUGUCUUCUGUUAAAAGAUAACUCUCCCAUCUCCCAAACUGUCGAGCUGUGAAGACACACAGGAAUGCGACAGCACAGGCUACAGUGCACUGUCACGGCUGAGAAUCUGAUGUGUGUGUGCAUGCGUGUGUGUGUUAAAGUCUGGCUGAAGAGUCAAUGUUUGUACCUGUGCAUGGCUUGGUCCAACCGAUAAGGGUGAGUGUCUGAUGUUGUCUAUGUGCUAAAUUCUGAACAGAAUGAAGGCAUAUAAAGUCUGCAAAGUGUGACAAAACUGACACAAGCAUUAAACAUUCACACUAGAGGCACCCUAUGUAGUGUCCACUAACUCAGAGGAGGACUGGGCCAUGUGCGUUUUUAAGACACCCCCCCCUCCCCUCCUCGUGAUCUUUUGAGAUGACUGUAGUGUUAAGCCCAAGUGUGCUUCAGACCAUACCCCCACCCAUAUUUCCAUAUGCCAACUCCAAUCCUGCACCCAAUGUACUUGAGCUAAGACCUUUGGGAGAGUGCAGUAAAUACUGCAGAUCCUACGUCAUCCAGCAGGUGUUUUGAAAAAAUAGUGCAACUAAGAUCAAAGGAGACACGUUGUCAUUCCCAUCUUCCCAUGGAUACGAGCAGGAUCGUUAAUAUGUACAAUAUGACUACAUAGUAACACCACACCGUAACCUCAAAACAUUCGAACAACUGCAAGUACAUCAGGUGCCGAGACUUAAGAGGUGAGCAAGGACUUGGUGAACAGAGGUCAUGGCCUGAAGCCCAUUUAGGCCAACAAAUAUAUAAAUAUCUCACAAACAAAAACUACAGCUUAAUAUAAAAUAUAGCAUGAAAAAUAUACGUUCAUAUAUAUAUUUAUAUAUAUAUAUAUGGCUCUAGACUAAAACAUGGGCAAUCAUGAUUAAAGGGGACACGUUUUUCUUGCUGGCCCCCUGUGUGUGUGUGUGUGUGUGUGUGUGUGUGUGUGUGUGUGUAUAAGUGUGGUAGUAUUUCUGUUGUAUCAGCAGUCAGUACGAGAUCACCGCAACUCAGCCAGUCAUACAAGAGAUGAUGAUGACGAUGUGCAAAGGCAUUCAAUAUUAAACAAUGAUACAUUUCAAGAGUUUUUCAACGCACAGUCCAAGUUUCCCUCCCAUGCAGAGACAUGUGUGCAACUAUGUCAAAGACUGAGGGGACAUGGACUGAAAUCCCACGUAGUGAUCAGAGUAAAAGAUUUAAAAAAUAUAUAUAUAAACCAUAAAAUAUUGGGGGGGGGGGAGUGGACAGAAAUGAUGAGGCAUUACCUCAAGGUGUUUGGAGCCGAUUUGUCAUCUUGUGGGGAAAAACAAAAAGGCAGCAAUACAAGACAAACUGAGAUGCAACUGUAGUUUGAUCCUUCAGUGUUUCAGGUGAGUAACUGAACGCUGAGAUUACACAAAAGAGCGAGGUGAGGAAAUCUCUCUGUUACUGAGGAAACCAGCUGCGGGAGCACUGGUGAAGGUUUUAGAGUAGAAUCUUAACUUUAAAAAAGGAAAAGGGAGAGAGAGAGAAAAAAAAAAAGAGGACAGUCCUCCCA